CCCACCUCACCCUUUAUCUUUUGCUGCCCGCCGCUAUAAUUGCCAGCCGGCUUGGUUGGUUGCUGGUGUCACCAGGGCCACCAAGCUCUCCCCCACCCCGCUUGCUCAGCAGCGGCCUCCUCAGAAGCCUAGCAGCUCUUCCUCGCCCCAACAGCCGUUUCCCAGAUCUUUUUCAGCACCGGCACUCCAGCAGGGCACAGCAAGGGCAUCUACUCGGGCAUUUUUCGCCUGAUCCAGUCCAACCGGAGAGACUGCAAGACAGUGAAACCAUUGGACUCCGCUUAGAAACUUCCUGAUAUUUCUAAGGGCCGAUAAGGCCACGCUCACGUGGAGCCCACACGUCAGUGGCCCGAGUCCCGCUGACUUAAGUCAGCGGAGACUCAUCCCGAUAAGGCAGGGAAUGAGUACAACCAAGGUGAAGAGACGUGUGGGGAAGUAUGAGCUCGGUCGGACCAUAGGUGAAGGCACAUUCGCAAAGGUCAGGUUCGCAAAAAACACUGAGACAGGCGAACCAGUAGCCAUCAAGGUCGUAGAUAAGGAGAAGGUCCUCAAGCACAAGAUGGUGGAACAGAUUAAGCGGGAAAUUUCAACAAUGAAGUUGAUCAAGCAUCCCAAUGUUGUUCGCAUAUAUGAGGUGAUGGGAAGUAAAACAAAGAUCUACAUUGUGUUAGAAUAUGCUACAGGUGGCGAGCUCUUUGACAUAAUUGCUAACCAUGGUCGAAUGAGGGAAGAUGAGGCCAGGAGGUACUUCCAACAAUUAAUCAAUGCAGUUGAUUAUUGUCACAGCAGGGGUGUGUACCACCGGGAUCUAAAACCUGAAAAUGUACUGCUCGAUUCAUAUGGAAACCUGAAGGUCUCUGACUUUGGGCUGAGCGCCCUAUCUCAGCAGAUCAAGGAUGAUGGAUUGCUGCACACAACUUGUGGAACUCCGAACUAUGUUGCACCAGAGGUCCUUGAAGAUCAAGGCUAUGAUGGUGCAAUGGCUGAUUUGUGGUCAUGUGGAGUUAUCCUGUUUGUUCUGCUAGCAGGGUAUUUGCCUUUUGAGGACUCUAAUCUUAUGACGUUGUAUAAGAAAAUAUCAAAUGCAGAAUUUACAUUUCCACCGUGGACGUCUUUUCCUGCGAAGAGGCUGUUAACAAGAAUCCUUGAUCCAAAUCCAAUGACGAGAAUAACAAUCCAUGAAAUAUUAGAGGAUGAGUGGUUCAAAAAGGGCUACAAGCGCCCGGAAUUUGACGAAAAAUAUGACACCACAUUGGAUGAUGUGGAUGCUGUCUUCAAUGAUUCAGAAGAGCACCACGUGACAGAAAAGAAAGAAGAAGAGCCAGUAGCUCUGAAUGCAUUUGAACUGAUUUCAAUGUCAGCAGGCCUAAAUCUUGGAAACUUAUUCGACUCAGAGCAGGAAUUCAAAAGAGAAACAAGGUUCACCUCAAAAUGUCCACCCAAGGAAAUUGUCCGCAAGAUUGAGGAAGCUGCAAAACCUCUAGGAUUCGAUGUUCAGAAGAAAAAUUACAAGUUGAGGCUCGAAAAGGUGAAAGCAGGGAGGAAAGGAAACCUCAAUGUUGCUACUGAGAUACUACAAGUUGCACCCUCUCUUCAUAUGGUAGAAGUCCGAAAAGCAAAAGGCGACACUCUGGAAUUCCAUAAAGUAACUACCAUACGCGCAAAGAUCAUGCUUAUAAAAGAAACAUAUCUAUUCAUGAAGCUGAGCCAUUGGUUGGAGAAGUGGAUUAAUUCCUAUACUUAGGCUUCUUCAAUCACCAAUAGUUUGGGUUGACUAAGUUAGAGAUUCAUAACUUAGCUUUGCUCUUCAACAGUAUAUGGUACUUAUGUGUAAACUGUAACUUUCUGCAGUUCUACAAGUACCUUUCCAAGACCUUAAAGGACGUUGUCUGGAAAUCCGAGGAUCUGCAAAUGCAACCUGCUGCUUAGCACUCGGCAGAACCUAAGGAGAGGAAGGAUGGAAAACUAUUUGUGUCUCAUUCUUCCAAGCAGAUUCCAUUUUGGUAGCCUGGAUCAGCAAAUAUGUUCUCCGAAUUAUAUAUGUACUGGUGUGGCCCAGCAAAUUGUGCUGGUCCUCCACUACUGUUGUAAAUGCUGCAUUUUGAGAGGUCGCGUUGCUUGCUGUAGACUGUAGUUGGAGUGAAGCUCGUUCAGUAGAUUUUGUCAGUAUGUGAGCUUUGUAAAUUCAUGUAUGCCAAUGAAUCAUGUUGAAACACCAUGCACAAAAUCCGCGAAAUGAAGCCAAGUAUGGUUUUUGCACCCU